AUGUUUCUAAGGCAACGCUACUACUGCGCCGCUUCGAGCGGUGAGGCGAUGCUACUGCUGCGUCACUUGCAGCAGUCAAAUAAGGUCGUUCAAACGUCGGUAGAGAGGGUAGAGAGGUUGAGAAGAGAGAGAGAAGCUAGGUCCUCGAGGCAACGCUGCUGCCGCCGCUUGUCGUCGUCGAUUGGGAUGGGUUUCAGUCCGAUGAGAGUAGAAACAGUCGAGGAAAAGCUAAACAGUACGAAAAUGGCCGCUCGGUCAGUCUGCUGCUCCAAUCGUCUUUCAUCUCUCUUAUUCUCUCCCAAAGUGAUUCCAUUUGCUCCAGCUUACUUUUCCACACAAAUUGGUAGUGACGCCCCAGUUCUGGUAAGGGAUUUUAUUCACGCAGCUUUGUAUGAUUCAAAACAUGGGUAUUUUUCUAGUAGAUCAGGCUCGGUUGGGGUGCUUGACAGAAGCAUUAAGUUUAAUCAGCUUGAAGGACGUAAAGCUUAUAUGCGACACCUAGAUAAAAUCUACAAGCAAAGUGAUAUCUCAUGGUUUACUCCAGUUGAGCUCUUUAAGCCUUGGUAUGCUCAUGGAAUUGCUGAAGCAAUCAUGCGGACUACGAACUUAUCUGUUCCAUUAAAAAUAUAUGAGAUUGGAGGUGGAUCAGGAACUUGUGCAAAGAGUAUAAUGGAUUACAUAAAACUGAAUGCACCAACAAGAGUUUAUGAUAAUAUGAGUUACAUGUAUGUGAUGUGCUUAUGCUUGUUAUUUGUAUUGUAUCAAAACUGA